AUGGAUACUUCCAUUUUGACAUUAACCCUGAGCAUGACUAUCUUCUUGAUGAUUUUUUCUUGUAAUUCUUCAAUAUUUCCAAUAGUAAAAUACGGCUGCGAAGACCAGGCCUGUUGUGGGAAUGUAAGCAUUCCAUUUCCAUUUGGCACGAGAGAAGAUUGCUACCUCAACGAGAAAUUCAUGAUUCAAUGCCGGAACUCUACCGAUGGUGUCAGCCACCCAACAGAGCCUUUUUUGGGGGACGGAAAUCUCGACGUUACGGACAUAACGUUGGACGGCACUGUUGAAGGUGAGAGUAAAGCACAUAAUUACACCACCGGAUGUAAAUCUCUCUGUUACAGUCGGCAAGAUGUGAUUGGAGAUUCUUGUUCGGAUAUUGGAUGUUUACAAACAUCCAUACCUAAUGAAGCCAAAUUUAACUUCUCAGCUGAUAAUCUCACCAAUAUAGACAAGGAUUCAAGUGUACCCGUUCUGGUGGAUUGGGUCAUAGCCGAAGGCGUGAAAUGCGAAGAAGCGAAGCAGAACACGAGUUCUUACGCUUGCAAGUCGGAUUACAGUGUUUGUGAAGACCAAAAAGGAGAUAUGGGUUAUCGAUGCCGGUGUAAGGACGGUUUUGAGGGCAACCCGUAUCUCGCUGUUAAUGGCUGCCGACAUAUUGAUGAAUGCGAAAAACCGUCACUUCACAACUCCCGGAAACACAGUUCUUGUCGGAACACUCAUGGAAAUUACACUUGCAAGUGUGAUCAUGGGUACCACGGUGAUGGGACUAAAGAUGAAGGAUGCACUGCUAGGAGAAAUGAAUGGCCAGAAACUGAGAAAUUCUUACCAAAUUAUUUCCUUUCUUCGGUAAAGAGUGGCGAAUUGGGAAGAAUUUUUGAUGUUAAAAUAAACAACAGUGAAAAUUUUGAGAUACUAAAAGAAGUUGCUAUGGUGGCUGAAAAAUGUAUCAGUGUCAAAGGAGAAGAUAGGCCUUAUAUGAAGGAUGUGGCAAGGGAACUGGAAGCUCUUGGAAUCAAAACUCAGGAAUUUAUAGCUCAAGCUCUGGAUGUUAUUGAUUCAGCUGAGAAUGAAGCCUUGCUUGGAAUAAACUCAAACAAAUUCGGAACAAUAGAUAGUGAGAGAUGA